GAGAAAAUCGCCAUUACUCGCCUGUUCCCCAUCGCUCAACAGUCGCUCACGAUCGAACGCGAGAAACAAACAAAAACACAGGUCCGCCGGGGGCCUCGCAAUGCGCAAUGGAGCAGAUUGAUGCGCAGGUCAGCGACUUGCGCUACUUGACCCAAGCAGCCGUCCCUUUGCCGCCUGACCACGCUGCCACUGCCGCCGCUUAUUCUCCACACAAUCACUCUGUCCAUUCCCCCCUUUCCGCGACCCCCGGAGACAAUUCCGCACAACAACCAGGGGCCUCCAGAGGUGCAACUCAAGUCGGAACACCUGGCUCAAGCUCCGUCACUGGUUCCAAGAGGAAGUCGGAGGAUGAGAGCAAUGCUGCUAAGCAGCAGAGAAGCAAGAGGAAUCGGUACAUAUCCAUUGCCUGGUAAGGAUACCUCCGUCCCGGCUAUGUCUUCGGCAUGCGUCCGGCCUAAGACCACUGCGACUACGUCUCUUGUGGUUGGGGAUCCUUGGCCCAACCGCUUGACUAGAUACACCAUUGCCCACGAUAAACUCCAAGUCAUGAAACAUAUCUUAGCAAGAGACAA